AAAAAAUCGCAGAUCAAACUUCACGAGACAAUCUUUAUUUGAAGGGCAAUGCAUCAUAGAUAUGUAACCUGAAAAGAAGAACAAGAGAAGAAGAAGACAAACUGUCAUCCAGAACCGUGAAAUUCGUCAGAUGUACUAUUCAAGAUGUUGGCGCGAAAGUUUAUAAAAAGUGCUCUAUCGAUAAAUUUAAAGCCUGCAACCAUCACUUCCAUACCAUUGAGAGGUUAUAGUGAUGAACCGGUACGAACGGAAAAAAGUAUUAAUCAAGUUAUUUUGCUGGGUAGAGCUGGGGCUGAUCCACAAAAGCGCGGUAAUGAAGAACAUCCUGUUGUAACAUUUUCUCUCGCAACUCAUAAUAAUUAUAGAUAUGAAAGUGGAGAUUGGGCACAAAGGACCGAUUGGCAUAGAAUAGUUGUUUUCAAACCACAACUUCGGGAAGCUGUUAUGGAAUUCCUGAAGAAGGGGCAAAGAACAAUGGUACAAGGAAAAAUCACUUAUGGUGAAAUAACCGAUAAUGAAGGGAAGCCGAGGAUGAGCACGAGCAUUAUUGCCGAUGAUGUUAUAUUCUUUAAAGAAAGGGCGUGAAAUAUUUAAUCACAUGAUUUUAUUGAAUUAUAAUGGGAAGUAGAAAGAAAGAAAGUGUAUCUUUAGGUUAUAAUAACUUGUAAAAUAUGAAUGUGUUGCACGAUUUAUUUUUGAAUUCGAAAUACAGAGUAAAAUGAUUUUUUUACUGAGAAG